GGAACGGAAGAGGAAGCAUGUAAGGUUCUCAGCAGAUGUUAUAUUGUACGGUGUGAGAUAAUCUGCGGAUGAUCCAGUGCAGGUCUGUCCCAGAGGAAGAGAAGACGUGAUAUCACACUUCAGAAACCACCGAUCUUAGGAUGGGGCUGACAUUACAGGAGGUCCUGGAGAGGGCUCUGAAGAAGCUGAAGGUUCCACGUUUCCAGCAUUUCAAAAAGAAACUGAGUCAAUGGAAAAUAAGAAAAGAAUAUAAAAAUAUUCCUAAAGAUGAACUGACUGGGAAAGAUCCAGAAUACGUCGCUGGUCUGAUUAUUCAAAACUUUAAAUAUGCCUAUGGAGCUGAGCUGACCCUAACUGUUCUAGAGGACAUAGAUGAGAAGAAAGUCCGGGAGGAACUCCAGCAUGAUCUAAGGGAAGUGGAUAUUCCAGGACAUGGACUUGGAACAUCAAUGUUUACAGACAAAGUAAACUUUAUAGAAAAUCACCAAUCACUUCUUAUAAGAAAGAUAACGGAUGUAGAUCCAGUUCUACGUGAUCUCCGAGACCAACUGAAAGAGUACGAAGAUGUGAGGAGUAAAAAAACAUCCCUGGAGAAGAUGAAAGAGCUGUGUGAUAUGAUCAGACGCUGGGAGGAUGACGGGAAAUUUAUAGCUUAUACAAUUAUCAAAAUGCACGAGGAAGAACUCAUCAAAAGAAUAGAAGGACAGAAGUUAAUGUGGAAAUAUCCUGGGUCUCGUUACCUAUACAGGGUAACGUUUAUAGAGCGCAACAAAUUAUAUCUUAUUAACAAUGUAACUAAUGUAGAUCCAGUUCUACAUGAUCUCCGGGACCUAAAGCUACUGACUCAGAAACAGUACAAUAAUCUGAUGAAAAAGAAAACAUCUGAACAGAAGAUGAGACAACUAUGUGAUCUAAUCGGACACUGGGAGAAUGAUGGGAAGCUUAGGGCGUAUGAAAUACUCCAAAAAUGUGAAGAAAAGCUCCUCAAAGACAUUGAAACAUGGAGACAUGUUACAUCGGAUUCCUCCUGUCACUUUGUGAACAGACACAGAUAUGACCUGAUGAUUAAUAUAAAGGAAGUAAAUCCGGUUAUAGAUGAUCUCCGAGCAAAUCAUCUACUGAAUGAAGAACAGUAUGGAGAUCUACGAGCAAUGACCACUCCUGAAGUAAAGAUGAAACGUCUAUGUGAUAUAUUCUGGCAUCAGUCGAACACCAUAAAGGAUCAAUUCUACAUUUCUCUCUGGAGAUACAACUACACCGUCAUGAAUAGGCUAUCACUGUCAGACAGAAAACCAACACCUUCAUUCAGCAACAUCCCAGAGACCAGCACAGACUUAGACUUCAGUCUAGCAGAAGACAGCGAAGAAUGUGUAGUGUUACAUUCAGGAAGCAGUGAAGAAUCGAAGAAGCUUGGAAUAAGAAAUACUGAGAUGAAGGAAGAGGAUGUGAUCUGUGAACUGUGUGAAAUGGAUGAUGGCAAUGCAGUUGAUGGCUGCAUCUGGGAAGGCACAUCUAUACGCCUGGCUUCUAUGGUCACUCGAGCAUUCAAUAGUUCAGGCACUCCUACUUCUGAGAUGAAGAGAAGACGUGUGAUCAGACUUCAGAAACCAUCCAACUCCGAUCUUAGGAUGGGGCUGACAUUACAGGAGGUCCUGGAGAGGGCUGUGAAGAAGCUGAAGGAUCCAAGUUUCCAGCAUUUCAAAAAGAAACUGAGUCGAUGGGAAGUGAGAAAAGAAUAUAAAAAUAUUCCUAAAGAUGAACUGACUGGGAAAGAUCCAGAACACGUCGCUGGUCUGAUUAUUAAAAACUUCAAAUAUGCCUAUGGAGCUGAGCUGACCCUAGCUGUUCUAGAGGACAUAGAUGAGAAGAAAGUCCGGGAGGAACUCCAGCAUGACCUAAGGGAAGUGGAUAUUGCAGGACAUGGACUUGGAACAUCAAUGUUUACAGACCAAGUCAACUUUAUAGAAAAUCACCAAUCACUUCUUAUAAGAAAGAUAACGGAUGUAGAUCCAGUUCUACGUGAUCUCCGAGACCAACUGACUAGGAAAGAGUACGAAGAUGUGAGGAGUAAAAAAACAUCCCGGAAGAAGAUGAAACAGCUGUGUGAUAUGAUCAGACGCUGGGAGGAUGACGGGAAAUAUUUAGCUUAUACAAUUAUCAAAAUGCACGAGGAAGAACUCAUCAAAAGAUUUGAAGGACAGAAGUUAAUGUGGAAAUAUCCUGGGUCUCGUUACCUAUACAGGGUAACGUUUAUAGAGCGCAACAAAUUAUAUCUUAUUAAUAAAGUAACUAAUGUAGAUCCAGUUCUGCAUGAUCUCCGGGACCUAAAGCUACUGACUCAGAAACAGUACAAUAAUCUGAUGAAAAAGAAAACAUCUGAACAGAAGAUGAGACAACUAUGUGAUCUAAUCGGACACUGGGAGAAUGAUGGGAAGCUUAGGGCGUAUGAAAUACUCCAAAAAUGUGAAGAAAAGCUCCUCAAAGACAUUGAAACAUGGAGACAUGUUACAUCGGAUUCCUCCUGUCACUUUGUGAACAGACACAGAUAUGACCUGAUGAUUAAUAUAAAGGAAGUAAAUCCGGUUAUAGAUGAUCUCCGAGCAAAUCAUCUACUGAAUGAAGAACAGUAUGGAGAUCUACGAGCAAUGACCACUCCUGAAGAAAAGAUGAAACGUCUUUGUGAUAUAUUCUGGCAUCAGUCGGGCCCCAUAAAGGAUCAAUUCUACAUUUCUCUCUGGAGAUACAACUACACCGUCAUGAAUAGGCUAUCACUGUCAGACAGAAAACUAACACCUUCAUUCAGCUACAUCCCAGAGACCAGCACAGACUUAGACUUCAGUCUAGCAGAAGACAGCGAAGAAUGUGUAGCGUUACAUUCAGGAAGCAGUGAAGAAUCGAAGAAGCUUGGAAUAAGAAAUACUGAGAUGAAGGAAGAGGAUGUGAUCUGUGAACUGUGUGAAAUGAUGAAGAGAAGACGUGAUAUCAGACUUCAGAAACCAUCCAACUCCGAUCUUAGGAUGGGGCUGACAUUACAGGAGGUCCUGGAGAGGGCUGUGAAGAAGCUUAAGGAUCCAAGUUUCCAGCAUUUCAAAAAUAAACUGAGUCGAUGGGAAGUGAGAAAAGAAUAUAAAAAUAUUCCUAAAGAUGAACUGACUGGGAAAGAUCCAGAACUUGUCGCUGGUCUGAUUAUUAAAAACUUCAAAUAUGCCUAUGGAGCUGAGCUGACCCUAGCUGUUCUAGAGGACAUAGAUGAGAAGAAAGUCCGGGAGGAACUCCAGCAUGCCCUAAGGGAAGUGGAUAUUGCAGGACAUGGACUUGGAACAUCAAUGUUUACAGACAAAGUCAACUUUAUAGAAAAUCACCAAUCACUUCUUAUAAGAAAGAUAACGGUUGUAGAUCCAGUUCUACGUGAUCUCCGAGACCAACUGACUAGGAAACAGUACAAAAAUCUGAAGAGAAAAAAAACAUCCCGGAAGAAGAUGAAACAGCUGUGUGAUAUGAUCAGACGCUGGGAGGAUGACGGGAAAUAUUUAGCUUAUACAAUUAUCAAAAUGCACGAGGAAGAACUCAUCAAAAGAUUCGAAGGACAGAAGUUAAUGUGGAAAUAUCCUGGGUCUCGUUACCUAUACAGGGUAACGUUUAUAGAGCGCAACAAAUCAUAUCUUAUUAACAAUGUAACUAAUGUAGAUCCAGUUCUACAUGAUCUACACGACCUAAAGCUACUGACUCAGGAAAAGUUCAAUGAUAUGAUGAAAAAGAGAACAUCUAGGCAGAAGAUGAGAGAACUGUGUGAUAUAAUCAGAUGCUGGGAGAAUGAUGGGAAGUUGAGGGCUUAUGUAAUACUCCAAAAACAUGAGCAAAAACUCCUCAAAGACAUGGAAAUAGAAGAGUUGUGGACAGAUGCUACAUCAGAUUCCUACUAUCACUUUGUGGACAGACACCGAUAUCUCCUGAUGAUUAAUAUAAAGGAAGUAGAUCCGGUUAUAGAUGAUCUCCGAGCCAAUCAUCUACUGAAUGAAGAACAGUAUGAAGAUCUACAAGCAAUGACCACUCCUGAAGAAAAGAUGAAACAUCUAUAUGAUAUAUUCUGGCAUCAGUCGGGCCCCAUAAAGGAUCAAUUCUACAUUUCUCUCUGGAGAUACAACUACACCGUCAUCAACAUGCUGCAAAUAUCAGACAGUAAACCAACACCUUCAUUCAGCUACAUCCCAAGGACCAGCCAAGACUUAGACUUCAGUAAAGCAGAAGACGGCAAAAAACGUUUAACGUUACCUUCAGGUUUCUUUGUGGACAGUUCCCGCUAUGUCCCGAAUGAAGAACAGUAUGGAGAUCUACAAGCAAUGACCACUCCUAAAAGAUACUACUACAAAUAUCAGACAGGAAAUAGAAAGAAAACCAGAAAACCAACACCUUCAUUCAGCAACAUCCCAGAGACCAGCGCAGACUUAGACUUCAGCAAAGCAGAAGACAGCGAAGCAGAAGACAGCGAAGCAGAAGACAGCGAAGCAGAAGACAGCGAAGCAGAAGACAGCGAAGCAGAAGACGGCAAAGAAUUUGUAGCGUUACGUUCAGGAAGCAGUGAAGAGUCGAAGAAGCUUGAAAUAAGAAAUACUGAGAUGAGGGAAGCUGUGAGCUGUGAACUGUGUGAAAUGUCCCAGGAUUCGGUAGAAGUAAUCACCCCCACAAUGAUUGGCAGCACUUACAGCCUCUCUAUGAACUCUCCAGGACUUUACCGCUGCUCAGAGUCUGAAAUUCAGUUCCACGUGACCCAAUCAGUAACUAUAGAAUAUGAGCUGGAGUCAUGGAGUAACUACACUGAGAUCCUACAGAAUCUGUAUGGUGGAUAUGAGAUUAUUGGUCCUCUCUUCAACAUAAAAUCCAGAUUAGAACCUAACGUGGUGUCUGCGGUCUAUUUACCUCAUUGUCUAUGUCUAGGAGGUUUUAUGGGAGACAAAUCAAUCAUUAAAUGUUUUCACUACAAGGAUGAUAACUUGGCUUUGGAAACACCGACCAGAAUGGAAGCCAUGUAUGCCGUGCUGGAAAAUCCCACCUUCUCCUGUUUUGGGGUUAUUCUAUAUCCCCUGAGCAUUUUACAAGAAAUAAGAAAACUCAUUCCUUGUCAUGGAAUGGCUCUGUUAUUCUGUAAUACGAUUACCAGGGAGGACCUAUCACACAGGUAUAGAAUCCAUCUGUAUCUACUGCCGAGGAUCCACACACUGGAAAAGGAGGUUGCAGAUAAUGAGGAAAGGUAUUCAUUCCAGAAAAUUCAUAAACCCCCUCAGACAAAAUCUCUGUAUUAUAAUAAGGAAUAUAGAAUUAAAGGACCUCGGACGGCUCGUGUGAUCCCGAAGACGCUGAUGUUUGAGAGUCACUGCCCCUCAGAGGUCUACGCCUUCACAGAAAUCAGUAUCCAGGGGGAGAAGAACACAGAAGUGGACGUGUCCAUACACCCGGAAGAUAAAAAUGUGACAGUCUGGGAAACAGUGGUGAAUGCAGAUGAAAUGUUAGGUUUACCGUUGGCAAUGUCACAGCUCACGAUUCAGCCAGGAGACCCUAGACUUCUCCCAGAACAAAGCGACCAUUUUGUUGAUAGACACCGUGCAGAUCUGAUCCGCAUGAUCUCUGUGGUAGACCUGGUUGUAGAUGAUCUCCUAAAUCUCAAUCUAUUAACUUAUGAACAAUAUGACACUGUUAUUAGCCAAGACACUAAUGCAAAACAGAUGAGGAAGCUUUAUGAUUACAUACGAGCCUGGGGUAACGAUGACAAAGACAAAGUCUACCAGUGUCUGAGACAACAUAACUGUCCCAUCAUCAAGCAGCUGGAAAAUAAAGGUCCUAAAGAUCACAGUAAAUCCCACACACUGGAGGGUUCCUUUAAAUGCAAUCUCUACUGAUGAUGUGACUAAAAAUAAUAUCUUAUGACUGUUAGCAUUGGACCAGGUCUUCCAGACCAGAGCCACUUAUGCAGUCAACUCCAAUUUUGAGACCCAGACACAACGACAACAGAAAAGCCUAUGUGGAUCUCGUAGGGGACCAAAUUUUAUUAGAUUAAAUUUUAUUUUAAACAAUUAUUCUACAUUGAUCGUGUGAUCUGUGUAUGUAGAUCUGAUACUCAGAUGGACAUUGCACUUGGCCUGUAUGGCUAUAGAUUGGGUCCUAUGAAUUUCUUUCCAGGUAAUACGAAGAACUCCAACCAUUACUGCUGUGUAUGAACCAAACACUGGAUAUAUCAGGAAAUCUACUGAAUACAGACAGAAAAAUUGCUGACUUAACCUUUUUAGAACAAAAUGCUAUUUUCUCCUGCCUUCCAACGGUCAUAACCUUUUUACAUUCCCUUUCAAUGUACUAGGCAACUAGAGAAAAAAACCAUCAUGCAGUGGAACUGAAAAAUUAAAGAAGUAAUUCCGCCAUUGUUUUUCAGGUUUAGUAUUUAUGGCACUAAUUGGGUGGUAAAAAUGACAUGUUACCUUAUUCAGU